AUGAGAUUACUUACGACCCUCGCAGCUGGUCUUCCCCUUGUGGCAGCAGCUCCUCAGGGACUUGCAGCCAAGGCUACCAAGGACCUUGUCCUUGAACAAGCCCCUCAGACUCCUCAGCCCUACGUCCUCCGCAAAGGAGCAGGCCGUGCUGUCUUAGUGGGCGAGCAAGUUUAUCGCUUCUCCGUUACGGGCAAUGCCUCCGCUGGCGCUUUCACUCUCAUGCAGACCAACGCGCCCGACUCGACCGAACUGGGCGUUCUCCCACAUAUCCACAAGACGCACUACGAAAACUUCUACUGCUCCAAGGGCCAGAUCCAGCUCUGGGCCAAGACCAACUCAUCCGGGGAGCAGGCUCGUCUUCUCACGCCCGGUGACUACGGCGCGGUGCCCCACAACACUGUCCAUACCUUCCAGAUUACCGACCCGGAUACCCAGCUCACAGGGGUUAUCCAACCCGGCGGUUUUGAGGAACUGUUCAUCGCCAUCGCCAACUCUGAGUUCAACUCCUCUACGGGAUCAGAGUUCGUGCCGGCUGCCGUUGGCGGAUCCUCUGGUUCCAACCCUGAUCUCAUCUCUGCGCUUGAGGCGUUCGAUGUCUAUGCACAGCUUGACUUCAAUCCCCGCAGGGACUUGGUGAAUGGCAGUGCUGGUGGACCUACGACCUGGCAUACCGCUGCCAAUGAGCUUGCUGCUGACUCGGUCACGCCCAACUUCAUUGCCAAGAACCGUGGACCCAAGUACCUGAACGCCGAUGGCGGUGUCUACCACCUCCUCGCUCCCUUCGCUACCGCCAACCAAACGCAGAGCAACUUCACCAUGGGUACCGCUACCGUGAGCCGUCUGCUUGCGAACCAGACGGCUACCGAGGCAAACCUCACCCAACCUGUCGCUUUUCAGCUCGAGGAGGGCGCCUUGGUCGUUGACGUUGACGGCUACGAUCCUGUCACCUUGAUCCAGGGCGACAUUGUCUUUGUCCCUGCCGGCACCCCCUUCACCUACCAUGCCUCUGCUGCCUUUACGAAGUUUCUCUACGUCAGUGGCGGUGGUGAUGGCUUUGAUUACCAGCUUCUUCAGAGGGCUGUGCCGUGGGAGUACGCGACGUACCCUAUCUACGCUGGUUUUACGGUGCAGUAG